AUGAUAAUUAUUCCGACGAUAGCUAUCCACAGGGACCCUAAUUUCUAUCCAGAUCCAGAGAAAUUCGACCCAGAACGAUUUUCCGAUCACAAAAAUAUCAACCCUUACUACUACAUGCCCUUUGGAUUGGGACCAAGGAAUUGCAUAGCUUCCAGGUUUGCUCUGAUCGAGAUGAAAACUCUGCUGUUCAAAAUACUGCUGAAUUUCGAGAUCGAACCGGCGAAACGGAUGAUUCUUCCGUUGAAACUCGUUAAGGGUGCAGUUGGUCCCUCGUCUUACGUCGAAGGAGAUUUCUGGUUCACCUUUAAAAGGAUUUCUUAG